AUGUCCGAGUCAACGCCUCGUAAGCGGUCUCGUCUAGCCUGCACUUUGUGUCAGUCGCGAAAGCGCAAAUGCUCAGGUGGUCAGCCCUGUAGCACUUGCGCCCAAACUGGCGCGGAAUGUCACUACAGUGCGCGCAAGAAACGCGCCAGAUCCCAUAGUCUGUACCGAGCUAGUCUGUCACUCGAUGAACGUCCAGAUGGCUGGCCCAAUGCUUUGCCAGACCUCAGCACCACUGAUAGUGCAGCUCAGAAUUCCGCCGUUCAUGGCGAGUCCGACAUGACCCAUUCCAUGGCGAAUUCCGGGGCUGCGUUCGUUCGCAAACUCGGGCUACGAAUUGACCCUGCGCGUGCACCGCGAUUGCACUUGUUCGCAUGGAACGUUGGCGAGAGACGUAUGGCACCUUCAAUGUCAUCGUCGCUUCCCCCAAUGAAUACCACAGCGUCAGCAGCAACAACUAUCAACAAGAUUGUCUCACCCGAGGAGAUGCGGCGGCUAGCAACAAUUUUUUUCGAGAAAGUCGACCCAUGCUAUCCCUUUCUGGACCGCAAAAAAGUUUUCACUGGAAUCACUAAACGCUGGGAGCUCUCGUCAUCUCCCAUCGACACGGAACACCCACACGAUGCUGUGCUAUGCGGCAUCGCAGCCUUCGGGUAUUUAUUCUCGCGACGCGAGAUCAUACCCCAAGAACUACAACUCAUUGAAACGGCACGCAGCAUCUUAGACAAGAGUGUGCUUGCUGCAGAAAUACCCUCAGUCGACACAGUGACCGGUUGGGUUCUACGCGCCGCCUAUCUCCGCAUGACGGCCUCACCGCACGCAGCAUGGAUGGCCAGCUGCACCCUGAUGCACCUCAUCGAAGCUGCAGGUCUACACCUGCAAACCCCAGACCCAGAAACAGCAGGUCUCCUCCCAGCCUCACCAGCCGAAACACACACCAGCUCAGACAGCGGAGACACACAAUCCCCCAGCGACCCAGAGACUCGUCGGCGACUCUUCGGCAUGGCUCGACAUCUCAAUACAUGGACCUCCUUCGAUUUGGGUCGCUCACGGGUCAUCCUCCAAGGCGCAACAGCCCUCUCCCAAUCCCCAGCUUCAACCCAAACCCCAGCCCAGUCCAACUCCCAAACCCAAACCCAAGCCUCAGCAUCCCAAACAAACCGCACCCACCCCCGCGCCGACCUCUUCCACCUCCUCCCCCUAUCAGAAAGCCUAGACCCAACAAACACCCCAGACCUCCUAACAGCCCUAAAACAAGUCCUCUCUCUAACAUACACAGAGUCAAGCUUAAUCCUAGUGCAAAGCAACCUAAUGCUCUGCAUCUACCGCCGGCUCCGUGCCCAAUCAACCUUCACCUCCCCCUCAACCCCAACAUCCACAAUUCCCCCAAAACUUCUCACAAAAAUCCUAGCCCUAUCCUCGCGCUCCCUUCGCGCUGCACGCGGGAUGGUAGCGCAAACCUGCCCCUGGCACCAAGUAGCCAACGUCCCCUUCCAAGUCGUCUGCUCGCUCCUGGCAAUUGAUAACCGCGCCUCGAUGGCGUUACUGGGUGAUGCUAUGCGCACACUUAGGGAGGUCAUGACGGCUUAUGAUACGGAUUCGAUGCGGGAGGCGUAUUCGACGGCUUAUUUGCUUGUCGCGCUGCAUCAGAGGCGGAAGGAGGAUGAUACACGUGCGCUGGCGGAGGUUUUGAGGGUUAAUGCUUCUGUUGUUGGGUGGGUUGGGAUUGAUGCUGGGAUUGAGGGAGAUGGGGUUGUUGAGCCGGGAGAUCGGGGUGAUGGAUAUAGGGAUGGAGAUGAUCAUGGGCAGCAGAUGCAGCAGAUUGGGAACUCGAAUCAGAGUCAGAGUCAAAACCAGAAUCAGAGUCAGAGUCAAAACCAGAAUCAGAGUCAGGUUCUUGAUGGGUCUGUGGCGCCGGUUUCUGAUGCUGAGUUCUCGUGGUUGGGUGAUUUGAUGAUUGAUAUGCCUAGUUUGCAGAACUUUGACUUGGAUCAGUUUCUUAUGACGGAUGUGCCGUGGCCGUUGCCUGAGAUGGGGAUUUGA